CUCGGAGGGCCCCCAGAGGGUGCUGGACCCCCCCCUGCUGCCUCCCCCGAUGGGCCUCCCUUUAGGGCUGCCUCCCAGCUCAGCCUGGUUGGGCCCAAAGCCUGGAAGGAGAGGCUGGAAUCCAGGGAAGGGCCUGGGGGGGCCCCCAACGCCCCCAUCCCAGGGGAGGGCAGGCCAUGCCCAGCCCAGGCCUGUGUAUUCUCCCCUCCGGAGCCCCAGAGACAGCAGAGAGGAAUUCAGAGCAGCAGCCCCGGGCCUGAGGCCAGCAAGGGAAGAAUCCUCCAGGGAGAGAAGCCCUUCCAGGCCUUUUAGCCCCUCAGGGCCUGCUAGAGCUCAGGGCCUGGAGUCAGGGAGGCCUGAGAUCUCCCCCUGCAGGACCCUGGACAAGUCACGUUAGCCUGCUUGCCUCAGUUUCCUCUCCUGUCCAGUGGGCUGCAGGAGGAGAGGCAAAGCCUCCCAGCCUCUGCCCAGAAAGCCCCAAAGGAGGGGAGAAGCAGCCAGGCCUGAGCAGCCUGAGCCCAGCCGCCCUGAGACACACAGACACCCCCAGACUGUCCUCUGUCCAUCAGGGCUCAGAGCCUGGGCUCAGGGGCUGCUGCUGCCUUCUGUGGCUUCCCAAAGGGCAGGAGGGGGUUCCUAGGCCUUCCCCAGCCCUCUAAAGGGUCUCUGGGCCUUGUGGACUGGGGGAGGGGCUCAAGGAGACAAGUCCAUGGGACAAUCAGGGGGGGCUGAUCCUCCAGGUCUGAUGUUUUGGGUUUGGAGUCCAGGGCCCAAGGACAAAGGAAUUUCCCUAAUAAUAGUUUGCCUGGGUUUCUGGGGCUGCCAUGCCCCUGCCAAAGGAGACCCUCCUCAGCAUCCCAGAGCCUCAGAAGACCCCGAGGAAGCAUCUGCUUCCCCCCAGAUCCUCUCUGGACCACCUUCCCCACAGCCCCUGGGCUCAGGCUCUUAUUCUCUGGUUCUCACAAUGGGGGAAACUGAGGUAAAGGCUGGGAAAGGUUCUUGGCCAGGCUUCCCCUGCUGGACAGUGUCUGAGGCCAGGUUUGAGUACAGAUCUUGGGGGUUCCAUGCCCGGAGGUCAGCCCCUGAGUCACCCCAUUCCUCCACCUAGGGAGAGUUUUGGCCCCUCCUUUGGGGAGCCUCUGGGGUCUCCCCAAAGCAGGAGUAGCAGGAUGAUCAGAGAGAUUCCUGAAGGAGGGGAACCUGUGGGAAGGGGGCCUGGGUUGUCAGUUGCUGCCCUCUGCCUCAGUUUCCUUUUCUGUCAGUGUUUUAGGGUACUAAAGUUGAACCGCUGGGGUUCAGGAGGGAUAUCCUUUGCAAGAAUGCAAGCGCCGAAACUUAGCUUAAAAACAAAAGGAGAAAUUUAUUAAUUUAGAAAGUAAUGUUGCGCAUGGCCAGGAGGGUAGCAGGGUGGGCUGCCAGAGCGGGAGCCGCUCCUGGGGAGGACAUCAGUUCUGGGGAUUUGAGACUCUACAACAGUGUAGAAGGGCUGCCGAGUCAUGGUGACCCCAGUGAGGUAAACACUCAGGGCUCUGCCUGGAGACAUCGGGGUCGCCCUCACAGUGUAGGGGGCAGAUGGAUGUCUGAGACACAGUCUGACGGAGGCGAGGUGCAGCCUGGAGGUGCUUCUCUCUGCCCAUCUCAAAUCUAAAGGAGGGUCCAAGGAGGAGAGUCCUCUCAGGAGUUGUCAGAUGCUCUGGGUUAGGAGUCACGAGGACAGAAGGGAGCCAAGGACUGCCCUGCUUACACUUCGCCUGAGUUUGGGGCUACGAUGCCCAUGCCAUCAGGGGGGAUCCUAGCGCCCCCUCCCCAGGCCCUGGGGAGCAGAGACCCAUGGGUUGAUCAGCCAGUCAAGAGACACUUAUUAGGCACCUGCUGUGUGCCAGGCUGCAUCCUGAGGCAGAUUCUGGGCUAAGAAAAAAGCAGCCGGCAGGGCAGGAAGACGAAAUGAGGGUGGGAGAAAAGGGCUGCAGCCCCCAGGAUGGGGCACAAUACAUAUAUAUACCCCUCCCCCACCAGCCCUCUACACCCAGGCGCCCAGGUAGGACGACUCCAUUUCCCAGAAUGCCCCUGUCAUGACAUCAUGCAAGCCCUAGCCCUCCUCAGUAGAUGACUCCAUUUCCCAGAAUGCUGGUUCCCUGACUCCUCCCUAUUUUUGGCUCCUCCCUGUAGCAGCCUCGGGGCAUGCUGAGAACUUCAUUUGAGUGGUCUCAGCUCCCGGAAGGUGUAUAGCUGCUUCUUGGACCUUUGCUAGCGCACACAGAGGAAGUCUCUCCCCCUCAGGCUGCCACCCCCUGAAGGACCCCCGUGUGGCCCCGCAGAGAGCCCGCAGCCAGAGGAAUGGCCCCCGGGACCCCGAGGCCCCCCUCCCAGGCGUCAAUAGCAUUCAAGGAUGUGGCUGUGGACUUCACCCAGGAAGAGUGGUGCCUAUUGGACCAUUCUCAGAAAGAGCUGUACCUGGAGGUCUUGCUGGAGAAUGUGCAGAAUCUACUCUCUGUGGGUAAGGACCAUUUCCUCUGUUAACUCUGAAUCUGCCAUAAAGAGAAUGUCUUUAUUCUAAGGCAGAUACACAGGAUUUUGAACCUUUGUCAAUUAUUAAAAAAGCAAAAGUGCUGGGUGCAACUGGGUGGCUUUGAAUUGAGAGCCAGGCCCAGAGAUGGGAGGUCCUAGGUUCAAAUCUGGCCUCAGACACUUCCUAGCUGUGUGACCCCAGGCAAGUCACUUAACAUCUUCUGCCUUGGAACCAAUACCCAAUAUUGAUUCUAAGAUGGAAGGUAAGGUUUGUUUUUUCUUUUUUUCUUUUUUAAAGCAGAAGUGCUGAAUGUGGGACUUUCCUUUUUUUACCCCUGAAUUUGUUUCUUCUGUUUUAGAUAGCUUCAGGUGAAAACUUAAACCAGUGUUACAGAUUUAUAUUCCUCAAACUAAUCUCAGAAGUCAUCUAGUCCAUCCAGUUAUUUGACUUCAAAUUUGUGUGUAAAUUCUCUGUUUAUACCCAGACAACAUAGCAGAAGCAAAAACUAGACCUGCCCUGAAAAUGUCAAAGCAACCUUAAAAUGUGUUUUUAAAUGAGUAGUCACAGAACAAACAUGGUUAUUGGCUCUCCUGAGGAAAACAAGUUGAAAGUUGGGCAGAAAGGGUCUAUUUUGGGAAAUAAUGGGGGAACUGGAAGUAAAACUGCACACAGAGGAGUGCAGACAAUCUAACCCAUAUCUAUUGCUCCAGGUUCAGAACCUGGACAGAAGCCAAAGAACCAGAACCCUUCUUAAGUCUGUAUUAUUAGAAUGUCCUAAGCCCACCCCUUGGAAUAUAAAGACUUGGCACAAGGCUGAAUGAGGUCCCAAAGUCACUUGGCCAGUUCAAGCCUAUGGUAAAGCCUGUAGCCCCAGGGCAAAGUAGCUCCCAGUCCUCUAAGCCCUGUAAGCCAUCAGCUGUCCCUAGAGGAGACUAAAUUAGUAGCUUUCAGAGCAUCCAUCCCACAGGCCAUGGUGCUACCUUGGAAGAAAUGAAAGUUACAGAAAACCAGAACUAUAGCUAAGGGGAGCAGCAAGGAAAAACUGAAGUUUAAGAGAAUACCCCCUCUACCCUGAGAACUGAGAUAGAUGGCAAAGUGUAAAAAAAAAAAAGAAGUCUGGAAAAAUGAGCAAAUAACAAAAGAAACAUCUAGCCAUAGAAAAUGUCUAAUAGUUAAAGAAAUUGUCUAAGAUUGAAGAGGUAUAAGGAAUAAGAAAGGUUUUGUAACAGGGAAUGGAGGAGUUAAAGGGAUAGAGGGAAUAUAGAUGCUGGUGAGGUAAAAGGAGAGAGAUAACCCCUGCUGAGAGGCUAUCUUUGAAAAAUGGGGUUCCCAAGAAAUGGGCCAACUAUGAUAGCCUGAGGAGAUGUCUUCUCUAUUGAUUGAUGUUGAAGAUACCCCAGGGUAGAUAAGCACAAACCCUCCUGAGGGGACAAGCCUCCCCCACACCCACCCAAGGUCGCCUACCAGGGGUCCGAUAAGGACUAUUUAUGGUUGAAUGGCUGUCCUUAGGUCCUUCCUCUAUGUUCCCCUGAAAUGAUAGUUCUCUUUUCUGACUGCAGGUUAUUUAACUUAAGAUGACUUUAAUAACAAGUUUGGAUUGGGGAGGUACCAGGGUAGAGGGAAGAGGGGUUUUCUAUACUUUUUCCCAGAUUGGGUUUGAGUCUCUCUCAGCUUUUGAGCUGAGGCCAGGCCUCAGGCUGUUUUAUUCGUGACCAUGCUAAUCUAUGCUAGCUUUCUUAAGUUUAAAGUCUUUAGCAGUAGAUAGCACAAGGUAGAAAAGGUUCUGACCUCAUGAGCUGGUUGGGCCUGUCUCUUCAGACUAGCUCCCUAAAGACCGGCCUUAAGUUCUGUAAACCUCAAAUUUCCUUAGACUUAUAAUUGUUGAAAAUUUCACCAUUGGGAUAUUUCAUACUUGGAAAAUUUCUUACUGAUAGUCUAUUGGAAUGGGAACUCCAUUGGCAUGGGAGGUUCCUUCUCUUCCCUUCUUAAGAUUACUUUAGGACAGAAACCCUUUGCUGAACAAUGGAAAGGACUUUGACCUAUGCUUAAGCAUAGAACAGGAAUUUCUUUGAGUCUUGAUUGAUUUAGAAUUGAUACAAUGGAGAUACUUGGAAUAAAUCUCCACCCUAUUCAGUCCUAAUAGGAUUGAGUAAGGGCUGCAGCCUAGAUCAAAAUUUAAUUAUUCCAAUCUCUACCAUACUCAAGUUAACAGGAUUUAGAAAGGGCUGUAACAAAAGAGUAAAGAUUUAAUCAUUUGAAAAAUAUGACCUUCAACAGACAUGUGCAAAAGCCAGAAACCUCUGGGCGGUCCUGGGUUAAGCGAGAGCCUCCAUUGACAGGGAAAUUGAUGAAGAGUGAUUGGUAGAUGUGAGGACUGAGGGGAGGCAACUUGGAUGGUGUCCUUAAAGAUAGGAGGGUCUGGAGACAGGAGAGAGGAUUGAGUUUUUGGUCGGGGUGGUUCCUGGGCUCUGAGGAAGCUUGCUCUGAAGGAAGCUGAAGGUGGGGGCCUCUGAGACUGUUUCUCCAUUUUGGACACGUGAGUGAAAGGGACUGAUCUCUUUUCUUUGCCCCAGCUAUCUAAGGGCUUGGGCCUUUUGGCCCAGCCUAAACAGAAGGGGUAUUUAAGCCCUAUUCCCUUCUCUCCCCUUUCUCUCUCUAUAUAUAUCUCUAAUUCCUUUCUUGCUCCUAUUGUAAUUAAACUCCAAAAAAGGCUGACGGCUGACUUGAGUUUUUCAUUUAGGAAUUACAUAGCUGAUUCCUUGGCGACCUUAAAUUAAUAUAUAUCAGUCUUUUAAAGUGAUUCCCUUGUAACAUUGUGGCUGACCACACGGGAGUCUAAAGAAUCCUCUCAAUAAAACUUUUUCCUUGCCUUUUUACUAUACUGUUUCACCACUUAGUCCUUUUUUUUUUAAAAAAAAAAAAAAACUUGGCUUAAAGACACAGCUGCUAGAACACGUGAGUAUAAAAAACUUUUUCUCUUUUCUCCUUAAGUUAAAUUGGAAUCAGCAGUUUUUUCUUUUUCUUCCCUUUAAUCUUAAGGGACAGCUGGGUAGCUCAGUGGAUUGAGAGCCAGCCCUAGAGGCAGAAGGUCCUGGGUUCAAAUCGGACCUCAGAUACUUCCCAGCUGUGUGACUCUGAUAGACAGAAAACAGCUGUUUUUAAAUCUCAGCAACAGGACUCUAAAGUCCUGGCUGGAAGAACUGUUUCUAAAUAUCCUUUCCCUUAAGGAACAACUUCCUGGAUUAGGAAAAAAAAAACCCUGUGGAAAGUUUGUUGCUUUGCCCUGCUCCCCACGUGUUUUGUGAAAUUACAAAAUAUACAUAUAAAAAUGAGUACUACAUUCUUUGACAAUUAUAUGGCAGCUGAAGAAGCAGGGGCAUUGAGGAAUGAAGGAUACCUCCAAAUUUUUAUAUUAAUAGGUACUGUCAUUUUUGUACUCCUCAAUACUAUAUUUAGAGAUGAAAAAAUAAAAAAUAUUGAGGAUAAAAUAAAACAAAAUGAGGAUAAAAUAAAACAAAAUGAGGAUAAAAUAAAACAAAAUGAGGAUAAAAUAGAAAAUAUUGAGGAUAAAAUAGAAAAUGUUGAGGAUAAAAUAGAAAAAAAUGAGGAUAAAAUAGAAAAUAUUGAGGAUAAAAUAGAAAAUAUUGAGGAUAAAAUAGAAAAAAUUGAGGAUACAAUAAAAAAAAUUGAGGAUACAAUAGAAAAAAUUGAGGAUAAAAUAGGAAAUAUUGAGAAUAAAAUAGAAAAACUUGAGGAUAAAAUAGGAAAUAUUGAGAAUAAAAUAGGAAAUAUUGAGGAUAAAAUGGGAGAUAUGGAAGAUAAAAUAGGAAAAAUUGAGGAAAAAAUGCAAGCCCAAUUAGAAGAUCUAAAAUGUUUCUUACAGGAUCAAUGGGCAAACACCCACUCUACCAGAAACAGACCUGUUUCUGAACCUUUGAAUGAGGAAAUUUCCUUCCCUGAAAUAGAGAUGGAAAACACCUUCCCUAUAGCCCAGUUAACAGACUGCUUCUCUCGUGCAGUGCAAAUCUUGUCUGAAUUUAAUCCCCAAAACCCUUCCCCUGCAAUCCCAGCUUCUCAUGUUCCUUCUCCUACAGAAAACCAAAUUCCAAUGCAAGGGAGAUCUUGUCCUCCUAGAGAAACCUGUCCUUGUCAAACUGACCCACAGGUGCAAAAUUCAACUAGAGGCCUGUUUCCUCUAAGAGAAGUACCUGAAAUAGGACGAAAUGGGGAUGUGGUGACUUUAAGACAUAGGAUACCAUUUACUCCCCAAGAAAUAAAUGAAUUUACACGAAAUAUCCCCACAUAUGAACAAGAUCCUUUUCUAGUAACAAAAAAGAUGGGAGACAUAUUUUUUCAAUAUAAUCCGUCUUACAAGGACGUUGAGAGCUUACUACAGGCUUUUUUAAGUGAACGUGAAAAAAAUAAAAUAAUUGCUCAUGUCAACAAAACCCGGGGGCGUAAUGCAGCACAUUGGCCAUCUCAGGAUCCCGAAUGGGACUAUAAUAAUCCUGAGGACUAUCUACAACUAUACCGUUGUAGAGAGGCCAUCCUCACGGCCAUGAAGGAAUGUGCGGACAGUACAGAUAAGUGGAUGGAACUGGAAAAAAUUAAGCAAAAGGAAAACGAAACACCCUCCAGAUUUAUGGACAGAAUUAUCGAGUUUGGGGACAGAUACUUAGAUUGGGACUUAAAUAAAGAGAAUAGUUUAAGACAAGUUAGAAGAAUCUUUGUAAAUAAUUGUUGCAAAGUAAUUAAAAAUUAUUUUAAAACACAAUGCCCAAGAUGGUCAGAUAUGGACCUUGAAGAAUUGCGAAAAACAGCUAUAUAUGUUUUUAAGGGAAACGAAGAAAAGGAGAAAGAGAAUAAUGAUGACAUGGAGGAAAUGAAGAAAAAAAUGAGAUGUGUAAUAGAUAGGAUAACUAAAUUAGAAAGUGGGCAUGAUAAUGAACCAACGACAAUUGCCCCUCUCCAGAAAUCCAAUUAUCAAUCCAUUACUUGCCACUUCUGUGAGAAGAAGGGCCACAAAAUGAUGGAAUGUAGAACCUUUCUUAAGAUGUUUGGAAGGAAUACACAGUUUAAUAAUGGUUUUAGAAAUAAUAACUAUAGAAAUUAUGAUAAUGGUUAUAGAAACCAGAAUUCUAGAAAUUAUAAUAAUGACUAUGGAAAUAACUAUAAUGAAUAUAGAAAUAAGAACUUUAGAAACCAGAAUUAUAGAAAUAGGAAUUGGGAAUUUAAUGAUAAUGCUCAAAUUGAAGAAAAUUUUAAUGAUAAUACUCAACAAUAUAUGAGAAAUGGCGCUCGUCCAAAAAUUACUCGAGGUACUAAUGACCCUCAGAGAGGUGCCCUUCAGGGGGGUGCCCAAGGAAUAUCCCAAACACAAUGAUGGUGCCCGGGGGGGGCUGGGGCACAGGAAUCAGAGGAUACAACCUUUGAUUUCCCAGACCCUGAUGUCCUACUACCCGUUGUCCCUAUCCACUGCCCUCCCCAUACUAAUGAACCCCAUGUUACCUUAAAAGUGGGUAACACCUAUUAUGAUUGUCUAUUAGACACCGGAGCUUCCUGGUCUGUAUUAAAGAGAACACCUGAUUUACAAUGUUAUUCUAUUGGCUCAGAGAAUGUAAUGGGAGUAUCAGGAAUAACCCAAAGAGUUAAAAGACUUCCUCCUAGAAUGGUGUCUGUAGGACCCCUAGAGGUACAACACUCCUUCCUUUUGAUGCCUGACUCCCCUUUAAAUUUGCUGGGGAGGGACCUUCUAUGCAAACUCAGAGCCACAAUAACCUGCUCCCCAGAUGGCUCAUUAUCAUUAGAAGUACCAGAGGAAUCUUUAAAUUUACUCCCUGUACUUCUCUCGGAAAACCAGGAGGCAAAAGAACCUUCCAUUUUUGAAAUACCUAAAGAUAUACCGGAGUCUCUUUGGGCCACAUCUUCUUCUGAUGUAGGCUUACUUAAAUCUGCUGUUCCUGUGCAGAUAAAAACUAAAUCUAGCCCACCUCCUUCUAUCCCUCAGUAUCCCCUCUCAAAGGAGGCAAUUGAGGGUAUUACACCAGUUAUUAACUCAUUAAUAGAACAGGGAAUAAUAAUCCCUUGCAAAUCUGAAUACAACACGCCCAUCCUGCCAAUUAAAAAACCAAAAAAAGGACCCGAUGGCAAACACAUCUAUAGAUUCGUACAGGAUCUAAGGGCAGUGAAUAAUCACGUUAUAAAGAGACACUCCGUAGUUUCUAACAUACAUACUAUUAUUUCAUCUAUUCCUAGCACAGCUACAUACUUUACAGUAGUAGACUUGUGUUCAGCUUUCUUUUCCAUACCAAUACAUGAAAACUCCAGGCAUAUUUUUGCUUUCACCUGGAAGGGCUCACAAUAUACCUGGUGUCGGCUGCCACAGGGUUAUGUCGAAAGUCCGAGCUUAUUUGAGCAAAUUUUGAGCCAAGACACAGACAAUAUAACAUUUAAAAAUAGCAAAUUAAUCAAAUAUGUAGAUGAUCUACUCUUGGCUUCAACAGAUGCAGAAACAUGUCAAGAAGAUAGCAAACACCUUCUUUUGGAAUUGCACAAAAGAGGACAUAAAAUCUCUAAGGAUAAAGUUCAAUGGUGUCUCCAAAAAGUAGAAUAUUUGGGAUUCAUCUUGACUGCGGGUGCUCGUUACAUUUCUCCAAAACGAAUUGAGAACAUUCAAAAAUUGAGUGCUCCUACCACUAAGAAACAGCUGAGAGCAAUUUUAGGAGCAACAGGGUUUUGUAGACAAUGGAUUCCAUGCUAUGGGGAAAUCACUAAACCCCUUAUAGCAUUAACAAAGGAUUCGGUUCCUGAACCCCUCAAAUUAGAGCCUGAACACUUGUCAGCUCUAACAGAUCUGAAAAAGGCUAUCAUGUCUGCCCCUGCUCUAGGCAUCCCAGAUUACAACAAGCCAUUUACCUUAUAUGUGCAUGAGCGAAGAGGAGUAGCCUCUGGUGUGUUAACUCAGACUUUGGGACCUUCUCAGCGCCCAAUUGCUUAUUAUUCUGCCCAACUAGACCCAGUAGCAGCAGGAGCACCACCAUGCCUUAGAGGAGUAGCUGCUACAGCCUUACUAGUAACAAAAACCGUUGAUUUAGUAUUGGGAUGUCCAUUAACAAUAAUGUGCCCACAUGAGAUUGAAGCAUUAUUGGUAAAACAUAGAACACAGGCAUUCUCGGAUCAGAGAAUUACAAGGUAUGAAAUAACCUUAUUAAAUAGUGAAAAUAUUACCUUGAAACGCUGUUCAACUCUUAACCCUGCCACCUUGCUUCCAGAUUUACCUACUUCAGGAGAACCACUACAUAACUGUGAAACAUUAGUGUCCAUGGCAGAAAAGCCUCGAGAUAAUCUCUUGGACACUCCCUUAGACAAUGCAGAUCUGAUUUUAUUUACCGAUGGUUCCUCUUUUAUGAGGGAUGGCAUACGUUACACUGGAGCUGCCGUAGUCUCAGAAUUUGCCACUGAAUGGUCAGCUUCACUACCUUCUAACAUUAGCGCUCAAGGAGCAGAACUCAUAGCUCUAAAACAAGCUUGUAUAAUUGCCAAGGAUAAAAAGGCAACAAUUUAUACAGAUUCUAGAUAUGCUUUCGGCAUUUGUCACUCAGUCGGGAUGCUAUGGCUCCAAAGAGGAUUUUUAACCUCAGCUGGAAAAUCCAUAGCUAAUGCAGAAAUUAUUAAUGAAGUUCUUUCUGCUCUCAAACUGCCUAAAGCCCUAGCUGUAGUUCAUUGCUCUGCCCAUACAGGUGGCUCUGACCCUGUCUCUAGAGGAAAUGACCAAGCAGAUGCCGCUGCAAAACUAGCAGCCAUAGAAGGACCUGGAUUAAUUUUAACAUUAACAACCACUGAUAAUUUAAAUUUAUCACUCUCCUAUAAUGAAAAGGAAGUGGAAAAAUGGAAACAAAAAUUUAAAGCAAAACAAAUUAAUGGAGUAUGGGUGUCAUCUGAAGGAAAACCCCUGCUCCCUAGAAGUUUCUAUAACCAAAUUUGCCAAUCUAUUCAUAAAAAUGGUCAUUUUGGCACCCAGGGCAUUGUGGACUCUGUCAAGAGAGUAUGGAUAGCCCCUGGUAUAACUACUGUAGCCUCUAAAGUAUGUUCAGCCUGCCCUAUUUGCCAGGCAUAUAACCAACAUGCAUAUCGUGGAAAAGCCUUUGGGGGACGUCCUCUGGCUUACACACCUUUUGAACAUCUACAGAUAGAUUUCAUUACAAUGCCAAAAGCUGGACGUUAUAAAUUUUGUCUAGUAAUUGUAGAUCAACUAACCAGAUGGCCGGAAGCAUUUCCUACGACCCGAGCCACAGCAGAUUUUGUUGCAAAGAUACUUUUAAAAGAAAUUAUUCCUCGUUUUGGCCUACCAGCACGUAUUGACUCCGAUAGAGGGAGUCAUUUUACCGAUUCUGUCUUAAAUCAAAUAUAUUCUUGCUUGGGGAUAACUCCAAAAUUCCAUGUUCCAUAUCACCCCCAGAGCUCAGGCCAAGUGGAGAGGAUGAAUAAAGAACUUAAGACUAUGAUUGGCAAAUUAUGCACUGAGACCCAUUUAAAAUGGCCUGAAAUUCUCCCUCUGGCCCUAUUUUAUCUUAGAAGCAGGCCUAGAGGAGACUUACAUAUUUCACCAUUUGAGAUGCUUUUUGGACAUCCGCCUAUACAGGCUAAGCCUUUCUCCCCGGCUUAUACAUCGCUAUUAGGGGGAGAUAUUACUAUUGCUU